AUGGCGUGGAAGAGGAAGAACGGCAGCGGGUCGCCCGGGCGCGCGGGGUCCGGCGGCGCCUACGAGGAGGAGAAGGUCCCGAGAGGGCACGUGCCCAUGGUCGCCGGCGGCGGCGGGGUCGACGGAGAGGAAGGCGAGCGGAUGCUGGUGCCAGUGCGGCUGCUCAGCGACCCUUCCGUCGCGGAGCUGCUGGACAUGGCGGCGCAGCGGUACGGGUACGGCCAACCGGGCGUGCUGCGGGUGCCCUGCGACGCCGGCCACUUCCGCCAGGUCCUCGACGGCGCCAUGCAGAGGUGCGGCGUCAGCUCAGCAGCCUGA